AUGGGACAGGAUUGUGAGAAACCACAUAGUUGUUCUAUCUGCCUCCGCAAGUUCACACGGAAAGAACACCUAAACCGCCACCAGAGCCGACACAGCUUCAAUCAGCGAGUAUCUUGCCCCGUUUGCGGUCGGUCAUUUACUAGACAAGACUCACUCGGUCGGCAUAUCGCCAACCACGCCAUCAGUGAGUCACAGUCGUCGCUGAAAGCACCACGGGCGUGCGACGCUUGCUAUAAGUCCAAGAUUCGAUGUGAAGGAGGAGUUCCAUGCCGAAGAUGUUGCUCAUCUAAGCACGCAUGCGUCUUCACCCGCCUCCACGGAGUCCAAGGCGGAACAGUUGCUGCAACACGAUGUCAGCUCGAGGAUGUAGAGCCCGUGGUCCCUCCUACACACGUCAGAUGGGCUCCUACGAACAGGCUUGCCCCAAAGCAGGAUCCGCCAAAGCCUGACACUCAGUCGCAGGGGUUUGAGCCUGUGCACGGCCAAACAUCGAAUAAGAGUGGUGACUUAGAUGAGGACCAUGUGCUUUUCUCGUUGAUGGAUGUCAUGGAAACCUCCAAUACUCUCGCCAACCACAAAGGGCUUACAUCAGAGAACCAGUUGAAUUUCCCGGCAUCCGAAACUAGGCAUCCAUUCUGGCCCCAGUCACAAAUCAUAUCAGAUCUAAGUGGCUUUGACCCGCCGAAUCUGGCGGGCGACGACUUCGAUGACCAAGCCAGGAAGUGGCUUCAGGAGUUCUGUAAGACUCAUACCGCUAGCAAGGGACAAGGGACUUUUAGACUCGGAAAGCCUACAUCUUCGUAA